AUGAGUCACUCCGCAAAGAGGCUCAGGCAUGGAGGGGUUGCCAAGAUGCAAGACAAGGCAUUCCAGAGCAAGAUACAGCAGCCUGUCAGAAAAACAAUCAAGCGAAACCGUCUUAAAGUGGUGUUAAAAAACUUGUCACUCUUGAAGAUACUCAAGAGCCCCAACCACCGGAUUCAAGAACUGUAUAACCUGGCCAAAGCCUGUUGGAAGUCACUGCUCAGAGUUCCAAGGGUCCUCCGGACAUCCCCUCGGAAUACUAAGCUCUGCAAGAUGGUAAAACAGUACGACCAGGAGCUCCAGAAGGCUGGGAACUCCCAGAGCAGACAGAAGCCGGAGAACAUCGAGACCAAAGAAGAGCCUGUAGAGGGCGAGAAGUCGGUGCCCACGCUGAGGGCGAGGGAGAUCAAGACCAAGUGGCCUGGAGUAGCGAAGCUGCUAGAGCAGGUGGAACCCAAUGACCCAGAGGCCUUGCAGGGCCCGAGCGGGACUGCCUGGCCCGGUGGAGGUCCCAUGGGGCGACUUCCCACCAGGGAGCCCCCCAUUGUCUCCCUGAAGACCCUGCAUCACAGAACGGCCCUAGGGGUCGUGGAGAGCCAGUCGCUGUGGUUUGAGGGGCUGCCCACGCGGAUCCUCGUGCCCAGGCCGCGGGUGCUGUGCAGGCCCUCCCAGUGGCGCUGGAUCAACCGCUGCUGCACCCGCUCCUGCUCCUUUAAGCUGCGAGUGUACCGUCCACCCAGGGUGGCGUGAGCCCGAGGACCCGCAGCGAGCG